CACAAUCCUUUACGACAUUGGACAUGCGUGAUGUUUCAUUACAGAAAAGGGUCGGGGGAACUGGGGUGGGACCUUGUUGUGCUAGAAUAACUUGGUGUAAAAUAGAAGAAAGGAUUGAGGAGAGGAGUUACUUGUGGUUGUUGGGUCCCUCCAAACCACGAUGAGAUUUUGCCAGGUCCCAAACUUCAGGUCUAUCUGCAGUUGCUGACCCCUCCCUUCACCUCCUGGAAAUGGCAGACAGUGUCAGAACCUUCCUCUAUGACGUGGCAAUGGGUGUUAAGGACUCCAUUUUGGGGAUCGGGACCAUCUCCAAACUGGACGCCCGCAUCGAGCAGAAGAGGGAGGAUCGGAGGCGGAGGCGGGCGAGCGGAGUGCUGUCUCAGAGACGGGCGCAGGGCGAGGAGCUCAAACCUCUGAGUGAGCCGAAGCUGGUUAGCCGGAUCCUGCAGUGCUGUGCGUGGAACGGAGGAGUAUUCUGGCUGAGUCUGUUGCUGUUUUAUCGGGUGUUUAUCCCACUCCUCCAGAUCCUGACCGCCGCAAUCAUUGGUGACCCCUCUCUCCAUGGCGACGUGUGGUCGUGGCUGGAGUUCAUCCUGACCUCUGUGUUCAGCGCGCUGUGGGUUCUUCCCCUCUUCGUGCUCAGCAAGAUUGUCAACGCCAUCUGGUUUCAGGACAUCGCGGACCUGGCCUUCGAGGUGUCCGGGCGCCGGGCCCAGUCCUUCCCCAGCGUCAGCAAGGUCAUCGCCGACAUGCUCUUCAACCUGCUCCUGCAGGCACUCUUCCUCAUCCAGGGGCUGAUUGUCAGUGUGUUCCCCAUCGAUGCUGUCGGUCAGCUGGUCAGCCUCCUCCACAUGUCCCUUCUCUACUCGCUGUACUGCUUUGAGUACCGCUGGUUCAACCACGGCGUGGAGAUGCACCAGCGGCUCUCCAACAUCGAGAGGAACUGGCCGUACUACUUCGGCUUCGGCCUGCCCAUGGCCCUCCUGACGGCGCUGCCCUCCUCUUACAUCAUCAGUGGCUGCCUCUUCUCCAUUCUGUUCCCGCUCUUCAUCAUCAGCGCUAACGAGGCGAAGACCCCGGUGAAGCCUUACCCCCUCCAGCUGCGUCUCUUCUCCCUGGUGGUCCUCAUCAGCAACCAGCUGUUCCACAAGACGGUGCAUCUGCAGACCACCCUGACAGGCUCCGCCUCCGCAGAGAGACUGGCCUCCCCCACCCCGUGAGCCCCUCGCCGGCCACCAGGGGGCGGCAGAGCGCAGAGUCGCCGUCCAUAUCAGUGUUCAGCCCCAGGGAGGAAGAGCCAGACCCCGGUCUGGAGGAGGCACACUUUCGGCCGGAGAACCAGGUCACAGCGUUUUGUGGAGCGAGGUGGAAAUUUCUUAGUGAGCUUUGGAUUGGUCUUAUUUUUAAUGUGAAAGAUGUGUCGUUUGGAUUUGAUCGUACCUCAGAAAGAGAUGUUUCUCUCCUUCUUCUUGCCAUAUUUUGUAUUUAAAUGUUUGUGUGGAUUAUGUGCCUUUUCUGAUUAUUUAUUUUUUUCCUGCUUUUUCGGCCAGCGUUCUCUUUCUGCACAGAUAUACAUGCGCAUUGACAACAUGGCCAUUGGCAUUUAGACGGCAAGUACGAAAGCAAAGUAAAUAAUUUUUUUCUUUUUUUAAAUGAAGGUAAGGUAGAGUGUCUAUGUAGAUGGCUGACAUAACAGUGCAACCUCGCGUCAGCAGUUGAAGUUAAGCAGGGCUGCCUCUAGAUCAGGGAUGGGCGACUCCAGUCCUGGAGGGCCGCAGUGUCUGCAGGUUUAACUCCAGUCCUGGAGGGCCGGUGUGUCUGCAGGUUUAACUCCAGUCCUGGAGGGCGGUGUGUCUGCAGGUUUAACUCCAGUCUUGGAGGGCGGUGUGUCUGCAGGUUUAACUCCAGUCCUGGAGGGCCGGUGUGUAUGCAGGUUUAACUCCAGUCCUGGGGGGCCGGUGUGUAUGCAGGUUUAACUCCAGUCCUGGAGAGCCGGUGUGUAUGCAGGUUUAACUCCAGUCCUGGAGGGCCGGUGUGUCUGCAGGUUUAACUCCAGUCCUGGAGGGCCGGUGUGUCUGCAGGAUUUUGCUGCCACCAGUUACCCUGGCUCAGUCAGCUAAUUAGCCAUAUGUAUCCUGAUCGAUUCACUUGUAACUUAGACCACAAUAACAUGCUCCAAGACAAGAACAUUUAUCAGCUGCUGUUUAUAUCACGGAAUGUUGACAGAUCACGUAAAUGAUUGGGCUAAUGAAAUCACGAAGAGUCUGAAAUCCAGAAGUAGACACGGCCCACUUUGCCCACCCCUGCUCCAGGUCAUGCCUGCCAAGUCCAUCAGCACCGGUGAGAAAAGCGUCUGGGCCCGUGGGUUCAAAGGUGAAGCACAGCGGAAGUAAAGCCUCUCACACAGGCCAGCCCACUCGGUCCGUCUUCAGUGUUCUUCCAGGAGGGGCUCUCUCUCCAGCCAGGUCUGCUGCUACUCACUUUCCUCAUGAAGUGAACUUUGUUUUUCUUGUGAACUUCUGUAGGAAUUCAGAGAGGUAUUCAAUGAAGUUGAAACUGAAGUCUUUUUAUUUGUCCUUAUUUUUUCUGUUCAGCCACAGGUGGUUUGUCUAAAUGUAAUGCGCAGAAAAAUGAAGGAGCAUCUAUAAAAAAAAAAAAGGGUUGGGUAAUUUGGUAAUGAAGCUUGUUGCUUUUUCAUUUUGUGAAGUGUGCCCUUGACUUUGGUUGGUUCAGAUGUUACAUUACAUUACAUUAUUGGCAUUUGGCAGACGCUCUUAUCCAGAGCGACGUACAGUUGAUGAGACUAAGCAGGAGACAAUCCUCCCCUGGAGCAAUGCAGGGUUAAGGGCCUUGCUCAAGGGCCUAACGGCUGUGCGGAUCUUAUUGUGGCAACACCGGGAUUAGAACCACCGACCUUGCGUGUCCCAGUCAUUUACCUUAACCUUAACCACUACGCUACAGGCCGCCCUAGAUGUGUCACGUGAGGGGCCUUGGCCAAUCAGAGGAGGGUGCAUAUUGUACAGAGAAUAGCAACAUAAACCUGUGAGCUCAACCCAGGGUCAAAGUGUUCCUUAUAAAGUGCAGAAAUGGCAGAUUUUGCUCAUGAUAUAGACGUUACAGGGCCUUUAUCCUUAUAAAAGUCCUCCAUAUUGCAAACAGGACCUGAAUGAUGGGAUGACAGCCUUGGGUUAGCAGGUGAAUAUCAUCUCAUUUCCAGCCCUGUGUGUCAACCCACAGUGUCUGUGACAAACUACCUGCCUGUUCAGAGCAACGAUGCUGCUGAACAGGUGCAGUUUUUACCCAGGAGGAAGCCCUGUUCUUGGUCUCCAGAUCACUUUGUACAGAGACUGAAUACACAAAACAGAGACUACUGGCUCAGGGUUAAAUGUGUUAAACACUGUGUGUGUGUGUUUGUGUGUGUGUGUGUGUGUGUGUGUGUGUUACAGUCCCCUCCAAAUGUAUUGGAACAGUUCCUGAAUAAAAUUCCUUUGUUUUUGCUGUACACUAAAGACAAUUGAGAUCGAGGUCAGAAGAUGUACAUGGGAUGACCGAUCCGAAUUUCAGCUUUUAUUUCCUGGUAUUUUUAUCUAGAUUAGUUAACGGUACAAUAGGUAAGAUUUUUGUGUUAAAACAUUGUUACAAAACCAUUAUAACCAAAUGCCUUUCUGUCAUUCAAAAUAUGAAGUUGAUGGCCCGACAUUUUGUACCAAAUCAUUGUAUUGCUGAACAAUAAUUAAAGCUCGUUGGUUGAAAAUUG